UAUAUGUAGCGAAGGCACGCAGCUGCUAAAGUGUGUCAAACCUGUGUGUCCAUUUAACCCUUUUUACAUCGACGCGUGCGAUAUAUUCCGAUGCCGUAAGGACAGGGCCAAAAUGGUCACGUUCCAAGUAGAAACCAGCAUGUAGCUUGGCAGUAUCCGAGUUCGUCCAAAUGGCGCAUCAGAGUCAAGGACACGAGAAGAUACCAGCAGAGAGCCAAGGCAGCCAGAACACUGCCGCCAAAGAACUGGUGGUCGUGGCAAUUGAUUUCGGCACUUCUUUUAGUGGGUACGCCUAUUCGUACACCCAUGAGCCCUCCCGUAUAUACAUGAACAAAAACUGGGGGAACGAGGUGGGAUGUGCCCUGUACAAAACCCCCACCUGUCUCCUGCUGAGACCCGAUGGCACCCUAGACUCGUUUGGAUUUGAAGCGACCGAGAAGUAUGCAGAAAUGGAAGAAGAGGACUGUCACAAAGAGUGGUUUUACUUUGACAGGUUUAAGCUAAAACUACACACAGAAGUGCGCCUGGACAGGAAUAUCAAACUGGUCGCUGCAAACGGACGUACGAAAAGCGCAAUGGAGGUGUUUUCGCUGGCUAUCAGGCAUUUAAGGGAGCAUUUCUUUGCUAGACAGCAUAAUAGCGUCUCGGAUCACGACGUGAGGUGGGUGAUCACAGUGCCCUCUAUAUGGAGAGAUUCGGCCAAACAGUUCAUGAGGGAAGCAGCCAAAAAGGCUGGGAUCAGGGUCAGUAGUCGGCUUGUCAUAUGCUACGAACCUGAAGCAGCGUCUGUUUUCUGCCAGCGUUUGUCCCCUCAUGCGUUCGUGGGUAAUUUCACGGCAGAGGGCACCAGGUACCUCGUGCUGGAUUGCGGAGGCGGGACAGUGGACGUCACCAUCCAGCAGAUACUGGACAACGGUCAUCUGGCCACGCUGCACAAGGCGUCCGGGGGGACCUGGGGCGGCAUAACGGUGGACAGGAAGUUUGAACAGCUACUUAAGGACAUCUGUGAAGACGAAUUCAUUGAGGACUACAAAGUUAGGCACCCUAGCGACUGGGUGGGACUUAUAAGAGAUUUUGAACUAAAGAAGCGCACCGUUAAAGGUGACAGCCCAACCAUGAUCAACAUUCGAAUUCCAAACAGUCUACGCGAAGAAUUUCAAUUUGCAAGAGAAAUGCCUAUGAGAGACGCAUGCGCAAAAUGCAAUCUUGGUAUCCAGUGGGCUGCCGAUAAGAUGCGACUGCCGCUCCUUCUGGUGACUGAAUUUUUCCAAGACAGCAUUACUUCUAUCAUUAAUCACGUUAAAACAUUGUUUGAAGAGCCGGAACACACUGACAUUCAGUAUAUUGUGUUAGUUGGUGGGUUCUCUGAGUCUCCGCUACUGCAACAGGCCGUGAAGGAUGCAUUUCGCGACGGACACCAGGUUGUGAUACCGCCUGAGGAGGCCGGGUUAGCGAUAGUGAAAGGAGCGGUUUUGUACGGUCACAACCCAACAGUGAUUCAGCGGCGAGUGUCCUCAAUGACGUACGGUAUCGAGUGUGUUGCAGACUUUACAGAUGGGGUUCAUCCUGAUGAAUUUAAAAUAAAUAUAGCUGGCAGGGAUAAAUGUAAGAACGUCUUCAAAACCUUUGUGGAAGCUGGUUCCUCAGUUCAGAUAGGAGAGAACGUUACGCAUAGAUUCAAAGCUGUUGUCCCAUUUAAGCACACAAUGCAGCUUCCGGUUUACGUUAGUUCCUCUAAAGAUGCCAAGUACACAACGGACCCGGACACCACACCAUUGGGGAAAAUUUCAGUAAGUGUACCUGGCCAAAAUGACCCGGGCAAGGAAAGACUGGUUGAAGUUCGCAUGGGCUUUGGAGAUACAGAAAUCCACGUGACUGCCGUGGAUCUAACGACCGGAAAUGCGUCACUUCCGGUGAACAUCAACUUCCUCGCAAAAUGACACUAAAAUG